GAACUAACUGAAUGUAGUGAAGUUUCACAAGACCCACAGUGACUGACUGUGUAACGUGUUCGCAGCAGACAAACAGUUUAAAUCCCGCCUUUUUUCACUAAAGAAGGGAAAUAAACCAUUUACCAUAGUUAUAAAUUAUUUCAGGGAUUAGCGUCUGAAAGCAGCGAUGGCUCCUUCUCUGGCCCAGGCCUAUCGUAGGCGCUGGUGGAUGGCGGUGACUGCAGUCAUAGAGAACCUGCUGUUCUCUGCUGUGCUGCUGGGCUGGGGAUCGCUACUCAUUAUGCUCAAGAACGAGGGCUUCUACUCACACCUCUGCAUAAACAAUGAGACAGUGUUCAGUAACAUCAGUUCGUGGGACAGUGGUAUCUGGCAUAGCUGCGUGGACCAGGAAGAGAUGUUGAAUCUGGGCUUUACCAUUGGAUCCUUCCUGCUGAGUGCAGCCACUCUGCCGCUAGGUAUCCUGAUGGACAAGUACGGGCCCCGCCCACUCCGCCUCCUCGGCAGCGCGUGUUUUGCUUUCUCUUGUGCCAUGAUAGCUGGAGCUGCCUAUAACCCUGAAGUCCUCUCGGCCCUCAUUUUCAUUGCGGUCUCCUUCAACGGCUUUGGAGGAAUCUGCCUGACCUUCACCUCCCUCACGUUACCCAACAUGUUUGGGAACGUGCGCUCCACCAUCCUGUCUCUAAUGAUCGGCUCCUACGCCUCUUCGGCUGUCACAUUCCCUGGAGUCAAGUUGAUCUAUGAUCUAGGUGUGUCCUUCAGGGUGAUCAUGUGGGUGUGGUCGGGGCUAGCCGGUCUCGUCUUCCUCAACUGCUUCCUUAAUUGGCCGAUGGAGGCUUUCCCCGCACCCGAGGAGAUCAGCUACACCAAGGAGGUGAAGCUGAGUGGCAUGGUGAUGGAUGACAAGGUGACGGGGGACAGAUUCUACAGUCAUGUGACCACGUUGGGAGAGAAGAUGGCGCCGAAGCAGCAGGAGCCAGAUCCCUCGUCAGAGCACCUCCCACCUGGAGAGCAGACACAGGGUGGCCCUCCGUUUCGUAGUUCAGUCUGCUCGCCCAUCUUCCUGUGGAGUCUGAUCACCAUGGCAAUGACCCAGCUGCGCAUCAUCUUCUUUAUGGGCGCCAUGAACAGGAUGCUGGAAUUCCUGGUUACCCACGGAGACCCGCACCCCUCUAAGGAUCUAUUGAUGGAGGCAGAGCAACAAGUGGGUUUCUACUCGUCAGUGUUUGGCUCCCUGCAGCUGCUCUGCCUCCUCACCUGUCCUCUGAUUGGCUACAUCAUGGACUGGAGGAUGAAGGAGUGCGACGUAGACCAGAGCCAACUUGAACCCCCGAAGAGAGACAGGAAGAUCCAGAAACUGACCAAUGCCAUCCGCGCUUUCAUCAUCACCAACGUUCUACUGGUCAUCUUCGGAGUCAUCCAGAUGCUAGACAACCUGCCUGUACAGAUAAUUUCCUUCAUCGUCCACACCAUGGUCAGAGGUUUCGUCCACUCCUGUGCUGGAGGACUCUAUGCUGCUGUAUAUCCGUCCAAUCACUUUGGGACAUUGACGGGGAUGCAGUCGAUGAUCAGCGCGCUGUUCGCUCUCCUCCAGCAGCCUCUAUUCGUCAUCAUGGUGGGACACCUGGGAGGAGACCCCUACUGGAUCAACCUGAGCCUGCUCAUUGCCUCAUUGGCUGGAUUCCUGUUGCCUGGAUACCUGAUCUAUCACCGUAGGAACCUGAUGCGAGAGAAGGUGGAGAAGCGUGAGAGAGAGGCCGCUAACCAAUCAGAAAGAGAGAGAGAAACCUUAAGGCAAUCAGAAAAUGGCCAUACCAAAAACCAUACUAAUGGACAUCUCAGCAAUUAGGCCUAAGAAUCUUGACCGAACUAACAGUCAAAUGUCAUCGUCGUUAAUUGUAAAAUAUCAUUAUAGACCAUCGUCAUGAUGAUGACAUUGAUGGUUGUCAUUUUCAACAAGGACAGUGAUGACAAUGUUGUGCACAGGAGUUUAGACUUGGGUCCAUGUCGCCCUUAAUCCGUUUUUAAUUUAACAUCAAAAUACACACUCAAUAUACUCAUGACUGUUUUAGGUAUGAGAUGCCAAAGAAAUCCUAAAAUAUACAUUUAACUCAUAUUUAUUUGAAUUAAAACCAUGGAAAUCUCAAUGGAAAUCGAGGUUCGGCAAUUCAAUAACUAAGCAAUAAUAUUUCCGAUGACCAAAAAUUACAUGAAGGUUAUUAGUACCAUUUCAGGUCACCCUUCAACCAACCGGAAGCACAGCUCUCAGUAUUCUGUAGUAGACAGGAACGGAAUCUCUUUCGCCAUCAGAUUGGCUGGUGUAACGUUGAACUACCUCCCCCACCCAACCACACCACAGUCACUUCAUUCAUUUAGGCCUAGCAGCCAGUCUGGUAGUAAUAUUUUAUCAGACAGUAUUUGUUUGGUUCCCUCCCUGUAUCUAUACUUGUCUUUAUUUUGUCUGUACAUUCAGCGGAGAAUACAGAUUAGGAGGAGACAAAGUGGGAAUGGUGGAGAAAGGGAACCUCAGUUUCCAAAUCCAUGUGCCUAGACCACCAGCCCAUGGGGCCUGCACAUCCAUAUUAUUUUGACUAUCAAUCUGCACCUGCAAUCUUUCCCUGUGUCCCCUUUAUGUCCGUGUCAGACCUGUCAUUAUGUCCACCUGAAAUCUUUCCCCGUGUCCCCUUCUUUAUGUCCAUGUCAGACCUGUCAUUGUAAGUCCACUAAGUGCUAUGCCCACUUGGUCAAGUCUGCGGCUGUGUCUGAAAUGGCACCCUAUAUAGUGCACUACAUUUAACCAGGGCCCAUAGGGUAAAAGUUUGGACACACCCUGGGUCACUACCGCUAUGUCUCUGUGUUCAUCCCAGAGUUAGUAUUUGAAAUGUCUCCGUGCAUCACAAUGUGUCCACCCGAAAUGUGGGAUGAGUCCCAAAUGGCACCCUAUUUCCUAUAUAGUGCACUACUUUUGACCAGAACCAUAUGGGCCCUGUUCAAAGGCAGUAUACUACAUAGGAAAUUGGGUGCCAUGUGGAACACAACCUAGGUUUUGAGAUGACAUCAUUAGCCGUUGUCAUUUCAGCCAAUCAUAGCUAAGUUCAGGACAGUGGUACGGUGUGUGAGGUGUUGUGCAGGCACAGCCUAGUUUGUAACAAUAUUGAUGGAACUUUGUUUUUAGAGAAUCAUGUUAUUGAACUUGUUGCAUAUCAUGAAAUUGGAACGUGAAAUGUCUGUAUAGUUAUAUAGAAAUGCCAAAUCAGUGCCUAUCACCGAAACCUUUAAGGUCAGCUAUUGCACGUGAGCUUUUACGGAGAGUUGUAGAUUAGUUUUACAGAAAAGUAUUUAUUUGUAUAAACGUGGGAAAGAAAGAGCACUUGUCGAAACCUGAUUCAAUCUGGAGAACCAACCAUCUUGACAUUUUAAACAGUAUUUACAGUUAACAGUACGGUAUGAGAGAAAAUCAGAUACAGAUGUGUUGCUCAAAUCAACUCCAAAAGCUGCAUAAAGAGCUGACUUGUAGACAAGAUUAGUAAUUGUUUUUAUAUUUUAUUUAGUGAGUCCAAAGUUGUCAGUUAAGGGUCCAGAGAAAGGUCAUUUGCAAGCAUCUAAUAUAUAAUAUAUACAGUGCCUUGCGAAAGUAUUCGGCCCCCUUGAACUUUGCGACCUGUUGCCACAUUUCAGGCUUCAAACAUAA